GGGAGGGGAGGGGGGCUACCGAGACGAAGCGAGGGCCAGAGCGACCCACGCGGAACUGGCCCCUAGCGGCCCUUGCCGGCCGGGGGCUCCGCUCCAGAACCGCAGCCUGUGGCGCCGUGCAGAGCCGCUGUCCUAGCGCCUGGACGUUCCGCACCAGUGGCAGCGGCUGGACCCGAGCGUCUCCGGAACCGAGCUUGAAACACCAGCCUGGUCUUGCGUGUUCUCCUGGUCCCUCCUGCUGCGAAAAGACUCGGCACGCCCCUCUCCACUGCAGUCUCGGGAGGCUCGACAGACCCCCCGGAGUUCCCUCGUCCGCCAGCAAAAGCUGCGGUGACAAUCUUGUGUCACCUUAACAAUUAAAGUAAAUGCUAAUGUAUCUGCACCAUCUCUCAGUCGGUACUCUAUAAAUCUUUGGCACGGUACUAUAUACCUUAGUAAGAUCUCAUCUUCCCGUGGAAGGGAGAGAGCAUUGGCAGUUGCUGGGUAAUUUGAAGACUACUGUGGAGGGUUUGGUGUCAGCCAACUGCCCCAAUGUCUGGUCCAAGUAUGGUGGCCUGGAGCGGCUUUGCAGGGACAUGCAGAACAUUCUAUAUCAUGGGCUCAUCCAUGACCAGGUGUUUAGCCGCCAGGCGGAUUACUGGCAGUUUGUGAAAGACAUUCGGUGGCUCAGUCCGCACUCAGCCCUUCAUGUUGAGAAGUUCAUCAGCUUGCAUGAGAAUGACCAGAGCAGCACCGAUGGGAGCGAGCUUGCUGUUGCAGAGCUCUGGCUGCAGCACAGCCUGCAGUGCCACUGCCUCUCAGCCCAGCUCCGGCCUCUGCUUGGGGACAGACAGUAUAUCAGGAAAUUCUACACAGAAACUGCUUUCCUGCUAAGUGACGCCCACGUCACAGCCAUGCUCCAGUGCCUGGAAGCAGUGGAACAGAACAACCCCCGGCUCCUGGCUCAAAUUGAUGCAUCUAUGUUUGCCAGAAAGCACGAGAGCCCGCUGCUGGUUACAAAGAGCCAGAGUCUGACGGCUCUGCCUGGUUCCACGUAUACCCUUUCAGCUAGCUGUGCUCAGCAAUCCUGCUUUGGGUCCUCCUCUAGCCUCCACCAAUCCAUGGCCACCCACAGCUCAGAAAGAAGAUCCACUUCCUUUUCGCUUUCUGGCCCUCUCUGGAGACCUCAAGAAGACAGAGAGCUCUCACCAGCGGAGAGUCAAACCGCCCAAGCUCCGCUGUUUUCAGACUCAGCUCUAGCCCAGGGUUCCCCACUGACCCCACAUGAGAUGAGUUCCAGCACUCUGACCAGCCCCAUAGAGGCAUCCUGGGUCAGCAGCCAAAAUGACUCUCCAAGUGAUGCCAGUGAGGGGCCUGAGUACCUGGCCAUUGGCAACCCAGACCCCCGUGGCCGGACUGCCAGUUGUCAGAGCCAGAGCAGCAAUGCUGAGAGUAGCAGCUCUCCCUUGUUCUCCUCCAGCAGCUCGCAGAAGCCAGAUUCUGCUGCUUCUUCUUUAGGGGACCAAGAGGCAGGUAGGCAGGGUCAGCCAGGCAGUGUCCUGCGCAGGUCCAGCUUCUCAGAGGGGCAGACAGUCCCUGUCGCCAACGGGACAAAGAAGAGCCACAUUCGCUCCCAUUCGGAUACUAACAUUGCCUCCAAAGGAACCGCAGAGAGUGGUCAGUACCUGUGCUCAGGAGAAGGCAUGUUUCGAAGACCAUCAGAAGGACAGUCCCUCAUCAGUUACCUCUCUGAGCAAGACUUUGGCAGCUGUGCAGACCUAGAAAAGGAGAAUGCUCACUUCAGCAUCUCAGAGUCCUUGAUUGCGGCCAUCGAGCUGAUGAAAUGCAACAUGAUGAGCCAGUGUCUAGAGGAGGAGGAGGUAGAGGAGGAAGAUAGUGACAGGGAGAUCCAGGAACUGAAGCAGAAGAUCCGCCUUCGGCGCCAGCAGAUCCGCACCAAAAACUUGCUCCCCGCAUACCAGGAGACUGAGCAUGGAAGCUUCCGGGUCACAUCCAGCAGUUCCCAGUUCAGUUCACGUGAUUCCACACAGUUCUCGGACUCUGGCUCUGCUGAUGAUGUUGACGAGUUUGAAAUCCACGAUGGUAGUGAAGGCUCUAACCUGACUCACAUGUCAAAGAGUGGACUCUCAGUGUCAGUGGCCUCGAUGUUCUCAGAUGCUGACAUGAGGCGGAGUGCAGUCUCCAAUGGCAAACCAUCCAUCUCCCAGAACUUCUCCCAUUGCUUCCUGCACUCCACAUCUGCUGAGGCAGUGGCCAUGGGGCUUCUGAAGCAGUUCGAGGGCAUGCAGCUUCCAGCUGCCUCCGAGCUGGAGUGGCUAGUUCCAGAGCACGAUGCCCCGCAGAAGCUCCUGCCCAUUCCCGACUCACUGCCCAUCUCACCUGAUGACGGGCAGCAUGCGGACAUCUACAAGCUGCGUAUCCGUGUCCGUGGCAACCUGGAGUGGGCUCCACCUCGGCCUCAGAUCAUCUUUAAUGUUCAUCCAGCUCCGACGAGGAAGAUCGCUGUAGCCAAGCAGAAUUACCGCUGUGCAGGCUGUGGCAUCCGGACUGACCCCGAUUAUAUCAAGCGGCUGCGGUACUGUGAGUACCUGGGCAAGUACUUCUGUCAGUGCUGCCACGAGAACGCCCAGAUGGUCGUCCCCAGCCGGAUCCUGCGCAAGUGGGACUUCAGCAAAUACUACAUCAGCAACUUUUCCAAGGACCUGCUCAUCAAGAUCUGGAAUGAUCCUCUCUUCAAUGUGCAGGACAUCAAUAGCGCCCUCUACAGGAAGGUCAAGCUGCUCAAUCAAGUCCGGCUGCUGCGGGUUCAGCUGUACCACAUGAAGAACAUGUUUAAGACCUGCCGGCUGGCCAAAGAGCUUUUGGAUUCCUUUGAUGUAGUUCCUGGCCACCUGACAGAGGAUCUCCACCUGUACUCACUGAAUGACCUGUCUGCGACCAAGAAGGGGGAACUGGGACCCCGGCUGGCUGAGCUCACCAGAGCAGGAGCUGCGCACGUAGAGAGAUGUAUGCUGUGCCAAGCCAAAGGCUUCAUCUGUGAGUUCUGCCAGAAUGAGGAUGAUGUCAUCUUUCCUUUUGAGCUCCAGAAGUGCCGGACCUGCGAAGAGUGUAAAGCUUGUUACCACAAAGCUUGCUUCAAGUCUGGAAGCUGCCCCCGGUGUGAGCGGCUGCAGGCCCGGCGGGAGUUGCUGGCCAAGCAGAGCCUGGAGUCCUACCUGUCUGACUAUGAGGAGGAACCCUCAGAAGCCUUGGCUCUAGAGGCCACUGUCCUAGAGACCACUUGAAGAAUGCACCUGACCCUUUGUCUGAGGGGCUGCCUAGGGUCAACCGAUGUAGAACUGAGCCACUCCUCCAAGAAAGGUGGUGGGGCCUUUAAAAAAUAUAUUGUCAUUUUUUUUAUGACUUGUCUGCUGUCCAGGUGUAGGGCACCUUUAUUGUUUGGUGGGUCUAGUCUGUUGUGACAGAUAUCUGUGAGCACUGGGCAUUUCCGUCAGAACUGCCCCUUGGAGUGCCUCUUGUCAGGAGAAUGGACAGCGAGACCCAGUUUCUCUGACAUGCUUGGCUGUUCGACUAGGCCCAGAUCUGGUUACAGCCGCAGCUCAAGGAUCAUUCCCACUCUUGACUUAGCGCCCUAGCUCCUGAGCCAGGCCCUUCUCAGCCGAUGCCCUUCUCCUUUGCGGCUGAAACAGGAAUGGAGUUUCCCUGUCCCAGUCCUGAAAGAGAACAAGACCGUGCCCUGAGGCAUGGGAGAGAAUGGGCUACAUGGCGGGCAUUCUGUCCAACUGACUUAGGCAUUUGGGGGGCGGGUAAGAACAGAAUCAUUAUUGUCCCAGAAUCCUCAGAGACCUCAAGGAGGCAAGCAUGACUUCCCUGUUUCAGGUGUUGCAGGCACAGGUGGACACAAGCUGGCUUGUGUACUCUGCUGGGCUUGAAGCAAAGAGCAGAACUGAACCUUAGGCCAGGCCCAUUCGUAGCCAGCACCACACACAUAAGUGAGGCAGCAGCGGGUGCCUAAGGAGCCUUUAUUGGGAUACAGGUUAAUGGGCGCCUCUUGGGUGUUCGGGCUCUCAGUAACCAGCCUGAGUGCAGGUGUGCUUCCAGCUCAGGCAAGGAUAAAAACCCCACCCACCAUCCUAACCCUAAUGUGGGUCCCUUACUGCUCUGUGUGGUUCUAAGCAGAGGCAUGACCCCACUGCACUCUCCGUCCCCUUCCCCCAGCAGAGCUGGGGCCCUCCCUCUGGCUGAUCUCUUGCCUUAGUUUCUUUUCUCACUUAGUAGCUUUAGAGAACUCGACAGUUUGUGAAUGUUUCUGUUUGCUCAGUAACAGGAGCCUUUAUGCCGUUUAUGCACUUAACUCCUCGGUAAUGUAUGUUGGACCAUCUAUUUCAUGUUACUGAUUUUAAUACACUCCUCCCCGUCACUUAAUGUGCUUUCCCUGGGGUUUCCUAGACUAGGCCAGACACAUCUGUUGGGUGUUUGAACUGCCGCAUGCGGCUAACUUCUGCGAGCACUGGCCGGGGUUGCAUCUCAGAGCCCGGUGUUCUGGGAGCUGCUGUCCACAGUGCUUUUGUUCUAGAACUGACUUUUUCCGUGUACCCGUCUUCCUGUAUCGGUUGCUAGUGAGAUAACCGGCCCAGGCACUGGCCCAGGAACUCAAGUAAAUUUGCACAUGGUUGGUAGAAGCUGGCAGGUCCUGCGCUCGAGGGAACAAGGGGUCUCCCAGAGAGACAGAAGGGAUGUUGACGUGACAGCCACACGGAGCUCUAGCAGAGCAGGAAGCACAUGGCAGAACUGGCCCGUGGCACCGUUCCUCUGCCUCACAUGGGAACUGACAGCAGCACUGGGCCGGGUGACUCGGACUGUUGGCUCAGUUGAGACAGAAAGCCGAGACCAAGGCUGUUUCGAAGGGCUGAUCAGGAAUCUCCCUUCCUUAAGGAGAUUUAGGAAUGAUCCCUUCGAACUCAAGUGUCACCGAGUCAGCCCUCGGAUUCAGACUCUGACUCCAGUUCCAGUUUGUGGCUGACUUCCCGUCCAGCUGCUCACUUCAGGUCACCGCUGCCGCCCAGGCUCUGCGUCCACACGGGCUCCAGCUGACCUCAGUGUCCCCACGUCCCCAGCCCGUUCCUCAGGAUCACGUCUCUUAGUGCUCCUGAUUCUGUGCUGUCGUUACCGUCCAAGUACACACGUUUAUUUAUUUGGGAGUGGGGGAGACGGGAGGCUACGAAAGCACUUUGUCCCGCUGUGGGGACUCUGAACGCUCUGCAGAGCGAGGUGGGAGGGGAGCACCCUCUGUACAAAGGGAAGCAUUUGCUCCUGAGGUGGAGACAAGCUCUGAGGCACUCAGGGGUGUGGAAGCCCCUCUGCACUUAGGGGGCUCUUACCAGCUUCCUCAACCAAACUAACAGAAAGGGAGCAAGAGUUGGAACAAAAACAUCCGUUUGUGUACAGCUUGUGCUUUGAACUGGACUUUCACCUGCUGUAAUGUGUGCACAUCCUAACCAUUCAUGGUCAUCUAAUAAACUAAGGAAAUUAAA